UCAAUUACAUACUUAUUCAUCAAAGAGGGUACAUCGGUGUAGUUCGUUCAUAUAAGUGCAGCUUGUGCUCAUUUGCAUUAUACUCAAACUAAAUGUUUUUGAAUGAUACAGAAUUAGAAAAUCAAUAGAAAUGAAUGAGGCUUAUUUUCUUGUCAUUUUGAUUUUUAAUCUCGGUUUAGGUCAUUCGUACCAGUCACAAGGAAUAGGAAUAAAAAUAAAGGGAAAUAAUGUCACAAUUACAUGGAACAAACCUUCCAGUGAUGUCAAAUCAACAAAAUUAGAAGUAAAUAAUAUUGUAAGGAACAAAACGGUUUAUCGGGCAGACUUGACUGGUACCGAGAGUCAACACACAGUUCAAUUAUCGCCUUGUCAGAAAUACAAAGUUAAAUUAAGAUUUGUUAAUCUAUUAGGAGGCAAACAUGAAACGGAAAAUGUCUUUGUAUUAGGUGAAAAAUAUUUAUAUACAAGCCUGGAUACAAAUAUCACAUUUACUAUACCAAAACUGCCGGUUUAUUUCUACACAUUGUUCUCCCCAACGAGAAAAAGUAUACUGGAAGUACAAGGAAAAAAUGUUAUGGUAAACGAUGGCGAAGGAAGUCAUUAUAAAAUAAACACGACAACACAAGAUUUUGUUAUAUCUGUCCAGCUUGUAAGACAGGUUGACGGUGGGAUGUUCAAAGCUGAAAACUCAUCAGGGGAAGGGAAAUGUGUUGUUGUAUUUGUCACAGACAAACCGACUACACCCUCUCUUUCAUACAACGAAUAUCCUUUUGUGGGAAACAAAGCAAACUUAACAUGCAUUUCUAAAGUACAACGUUGGCCCUCAGAUAAUUCUGAAAACAUGUCUUUCAAGUAUUAUUGGAACAGAGAAAGUCGACAACCCAACACCAUUUUUAAACGAUCAGAUAAAGGAACUUCGGUAACAUGUCAGGUGACUGAUGACAGAGGACAAGAAUCACCAUCCAGUAAUAGUCUCAUUCUUGAUCCAUAUUUUGGACCUGACAAUGUUCAUAUAAACCAAAAUUAUAAACAGUUUCCUGUAACUGAAGGUCAAACAUUUGGUCCUGUAAACUGUUCAGCAGAUUGUUAUCCAGAGUGCAACUAUAAGUGGAUAUAUCUAGGCAGGGUCCAGUCGUAUAGUCCAGUCUUAUAUAUACCUACAAUUAACAGACAUCAAAGUGGUGUUUAUGGUUGUUAUGUUAUGCAUCCAAAUAAUGCAGAAAAAAUUAUCGCAUUGAAUAUAACAGUCAGCGUUCGGUACUCACCUGUUUUCAGACGAUUGACAUUUAAUACAGGACUUAAAAAAGACAACAUGCGAUCAAUCAUCGAGGGUGAAUCAUUAAAACUCGUUAUGUAUAUUGAGAGUUUUCCAGUAUCAAUGAUUAACCUGCACUCACCGGAUAAUUUGAUUCAACCUCUUGUUUGUACCAUUGAUCAACAGGUCCAUAGUUACACAACAAAUAUUGAGGGGUUGAAAUGCGAAGAGACCGGGAAAUAUACCAUCGAAGCUCACAAUGGUAUUGGCGAGGCAACUAUGAUUUCUUUUGAUUUGGAUAUACAAUGUAAACCUAAAAGUAUAAUAUUCCAACGAAGUAAAGUUGCCAUCAGACUUAAUUCUAUUGAAGAGACUACCUUGUUUAUUGUGUCCAAUCCUAAACCUAAUGUGACGUGGAUCCAAAAUUCUCCUUAUACUUGGACUAUAAGCAGAGUAGGGGUUAGUCAUAAAUACUUUCUCCAAUCAACAAUCAAGAUUUCAAAAUAUCCACUUAACCGGCAGCUUGGUUUAUCAAUUUGUAAUAAAAUUGGAUGUGAAAUAGAAUAUAUAAAAACUGUACCAAAAGGAAAACCCGAUGGAGUCAAAAACAUCACUAUCGUCAACAUAGCUCCAUAUUUAGCACUGAUAUCAUGGUAUAGUGGCUUUGAUGGUGGUGCUCCUCAAAAUUUCUCUAUCAACUUAGAAUCUACAACUGAUGGCAGUAGAACCAUUACAGUUCCGUCAGUAGAAAGAGACGAAAGAGACUUGGUGUUAAUAAUGAUUAGCGGUUUGUCAACAGACGCAUAUUACAACGGUCAUAUAGUUUCAUGCAAUAAAUAUGGCAAAACUGAAGUGGAAUUUGAGUUCGAAACUGAAGAAGCUAAUAACGAUUUAUCUAAAAGGGAAACGAUCAUAUACCCAUUGAUAAUAUGCGGAAUAAUUGGUCAUAUUAUAAUUGUUUUUGUUAUCAUAUUCAAAUACAAAGAAAAAUAUAAAGAUUCCAAACUGCAAAUUCUUCAAACAGGAAAUACAGAAACGACUAACACUUUAGUUAUGUAUGACAAUGCCUCUUAUCCACCCAGUACUGACAAUAAACAAUCUAAACUCGGUCAAAAUGCUUCUAUGGAGGGAACAGAAUCUAAAGUUGUGGAUCAAGAAUGGCUCAAGAAUGACGAUAAAAGAAUUGCAUACUCAAAUGAUGAAACAUCAGCAGACAGUAAUAACAGUGAAGAUUUUUAUGAUAAUGAGACAGAUGAUACGCACGAAAAUGACACAACACCAAUAGACCGCGCUGAAAAUUGCGGUAAAAGAGAUAAUUUUUACGAAGAAAUGAAAAGAAAUAAUACUGAUUGUGACUCUGACUAUGAUGCUUUAAAAAAAUAGUAAAUUUUAACUUAAAAAGACAUAUAGUAUGCUUAAUAUGGUUGCUGUGCAAUUACCUACAAGCUAGUUGGAAACUAUUUUGCCAUAUGGUAUUUGUUUUUCGUUUUGUAUUUGUAAAAUAAUCAGGCUGUUAGUUGUUUGAUUAUUUUUACAUUUGCCGUUUUUGGACUUUCAUAGGUUGCUCGGUGGUAUGGCUAACUGUAGGCUCCUAUGGUACCUUUAUUUGCUAACUUUCAUCAUUUGGUAUAUAAUGGAGAGCUAGCUUAUUGACAAUAACACAACAUAAAAGAUGUUAGAUAUACGUCAAUGAAACAGCAACACAAUGUCAUAAAACCCAAGAGACAACACACGGUCUUCAAAAAUCAAGAGAUGUCUACUCAAUGCUCCAAGCUGUACAUUUUUCCAAGUAUAUCAACAUUAUCAAAACAUUAUCAAGAUAAUUGAAGAUUUGCGAUGAACAGUUAAAACUAAAAUAAAAAAAUAAAAAUAUUAUAAUGAUUUUAAUUUUAAAUCUCAACUUCCCUUUUGUCAUUUCAAUAAGAUGACGCACAAAAGUUUCAAGACCAUAUUAAGAAAUAAUGAGAGC